GUAUAUUAAAGCCGAACGCAUACAUCGGUGCUCAGGGACCCAAUGAAUUCACCAUAGUCGACUUCUGGUCCAUGAUAUGGCAAAGCGAGUCCCAUAUCAUCGUUAUGCUGACCAAAGUGUUUGAUUUCAUACGUGUUAUGUGCGCCCAAUACUGGCCACAAACGGUCGACUCGUCUGAAAUCUACGGACAAUUUGAGGUCACUUUAAUAGAUGAGGAGAAGACCGCCGAUUAUGUCAUCCGAACCAUUAAACUUAAGUUUGGACCAAAUGAAAUGCUGAAAUCAAAGCGCUCCGGAAGUCUGGAUUCAGAUUCCGGUGAAUAUAGGAUUAUAUAUCAAUUACAUUACCACAACUGGUCGGCCAAUUCGUGUCCAUUUUCCGACUCUAUAUUAAGAUUUCGCAAAAGAGUGAAACUUUAUUGCGAAGAAUUACGUGAUAUAAACACCGGACCAUUGAUUGUUCACUGCAGUGACGGCUGCGGCAGAACAGGAGCUUAUAUUUGUUUGGACGCAAACCUACAACUGGCCGAAGAGGAAGGAUUUGUCGAUGUUUACAAUUAUACAAAACUAUUGCGAGAGUCUCGCAGAGGUAUGAUUGAAAGUGAGAAAUUAAUGAAGAUGACUUCAAAAUUGUCGAUCGGUGAAUGUGCUGGCGGUCAUCGCAUAGAGAAUCGUGAUAAAAACAGAGACGUUUCUAUAGUUCCU